AUGGCUCACAACGAAGACAUCAGUUCUGAUCCUACCCACGAUCGCUUCAAUGUUGCCGAAGAGAAGCGUCAGGCCAGAGUUGCAGAGUUGACCGACAAUGUCACUGGAGAGAUCCGUAACCCACUUGUCGGUGUGCCUCGCGACACUUUGAUGCGUUCUGCCGAAAAGUUCGCCGCGGACAAUGAUCUUAACGACAUCCUGCCUCUCCUCAAGAAGGGUGCUCUGGCUGCUCAGAACCCUGCUGAGGUUGCCCUCAUGUCCGACUUCACCGAUGAAGAGAAGGAGAUCUUCCAGGAGGAGAUUACUCACAAGUGGCGCCAGCCGAAGAUUCUCUAUGUAACCAUCAUUCUCAACUCCGUUGCUGCUGCCAUCCAAGGAUGGGAUCAAACUGGUUCCAACGGAGCGAACUUGUCUUUCCCUCAAGCAUUUGGCAUUCCUGAGAGUGGUGCUGUCUGCGAAGCUGCAGGCACUUGCUCAUCCAACCAAUGGCUUGUCGGCUUCAUCAACUCAUGCCCAUACCUUGCCAUUUUCCUCUUCGCUGGCUGGAUCUCUGACCCUCUCAAUCACUGGCUCGGUCGUCGUGGUGUCAUAUUCAUUGCUGCUGUCUUCUCUCUUCUCGCUCCCAUCGGUAUGGCAGUCACACAGAACUGGGAGCAACUUGUCGUCACUCGUAUCCUGCUUGGUAUCGGUAUGGGUUUGAAGGAGGUCACCGUCCCUGUCUUCUCUGCUGAGGUUGCUCCUACCAAGAUCAGAGGUGGUUUGGUAAUGUCGUGGCAGAUCUGGACUGCUUUCGGUAUCCUUCUCGGUACAUCCGCCAACCUUGCCGUCAAGGACGUCGGUGAUAUUGCAUGGCGUCUGCAGCUCGGAUCGGCCUUCAUUCCUGCUGUUCCUCUUGUUCUCGGCAUCUGGUUCGUCCCCGAGUCACCCAGAUGGCUCAUGUCAAAGAAGAAAUAUGGCAAGGCCUACCAGUCGCUUCUUCGUUUCCGCGGCAAGCCCAUUCUCGCUGCAAGAGAGCUGAUUUACAUCUACGCUCAGAUGGAGCAGGAAGUCAUGCUCAUCGAGCAGUCUGGUCUUCCUGCUAACGCAGGAUUCUUCACUCGCUUCAUCGAGUUAUUCACCAUCCCCCGCCUGCGUCGUGCAGUACAGGCUUCCGGUAUCGUCAUGAUUGGUCAACAGAUGUGUGGAAUCAACAUCAUCGCUUUCUACUCUUCAACCAUCUUCGCGAAUGCAGGUGCGACCGUUACUGGUGCCCUCCUCGCAUCAUGGGGCUUUGGUAUCAUCAACUUCAUCUUUGCCUGGCCAGCUGUCUGGACAAUUGAUACAUACGGUCGUCGCGCACUUCUCCUGUUCACCUUCCCCAACAUGUGCUGGACCUUGCUGGCUGCCGGUCUCUGCUUCCUUAUUCCCGAGGACUCCGCAGCUCACCUUGGUCUCAUCGCGCUUUUCAUCUACCUGUUCGACGCCUUCUACUCUCCUGGUGAGGGACCCGUUCCCUUCACCUACUCUGCUGAGGUGUUUCCCCUAUCGCACCGUGAAGUUGGUAUGUCUUGGGCUGUCGCCACAAACAACUUCUGGGCCACCGUCGUCUCUCUCACCUUCCCUCGCCAACUCCGCGCAUUCGGCACGACUGGCGCCUUUGGCUUCUACGCUGCUAUGAAUGCCCUUGCUUGCGCCAUGAUCUUCCUAUGGCUUCCCGAGACCAAGCAGCGUUCCCUUGAGGAGUUGGACUACGUCUUUGCUGUUCCUACCCGCACUCACAUGAGUUAUCAGCUAUUCCAGGUCUUGCCAUACUGGUUCAAGACCACGAUCCUGCGCCAGAAGGGUCUGCCCGAGCCUAAGCUCUACCACUUCCACAGUGACUCCACCGUACUUGAGAUGGAGAACAUGAAGGCUUGA